CACCGUGGCUGGGUUUAGUGGCAAUUUUUUUUCUUGCUUAUUUAUCAGUCAAGCUCACCGUGGGUGACCCAUUUCUGUUUUCGCAUGAUAGUACCGCACACUCGUUUGAAAGGCGAGCCUAAUCUGCUCCGAACAUAAUAGGGACACGAAAUUACCAUGCCAUCCCCAAUGGAGGGAUCUUCAAGAGAAGGUGACCUGUUUACUGUGAAACAUGAGCUGAAAAAUGCCAACCUGACAGGCCACAUUGAGAGGGUGGGCAUCGAAAACUUUGAGCUACUAAAAGUGCUGGGCACAGGAGCAUACGGGAAAGUGUUCCUGGUGAGGAAGGUGAGUGGCCACGAUGCCGGGAAGCUCUACGCCAUGAAGGUGUUGAAGAAGGCGACUAUCGUCCAGAAAGCAAAGACGGCCGAACACACGCGGACGGAGCGGCAGGUGCUGGAGCACAUCCGCCAGUCUCCGUUCCUCAUAACGCUUCACUACGCCUUCCAGACCGACACCAAGCUGCACCUCAUUCUCGAUUAUGUAAAUGGAGGAGAGCUUUUCACGCACUUGGUGCAAAGGGUGCGGUUCAAGGAGCAGGAAGUAGCACUGUACAGCGGAGAAAUUGUCUUGGCACUAGAACAUCUACAUAAGCUUGGAAUAGUCUAUCGAGACCUAAAGCUGGAGAAUAUUCUACUGGAUUCAAACGGUCAUAUAGUUCUGACAGAUUUUGGCCUGAGUAAAGAAUUUGAUCAGGUUGAGAGGGCUUUCUCUGUUUGUGGCACUGUUGAAUACAUGGCUCCAGAAAUAGUUGAAGGAGGAGAUUCUGGACAUGACAAGGCGGUGGACUGGUGGAGCCUCGGUGUGCUAAUGUACGAGCUCCUGACCGGCGGAUCGCCCUUCACCGUCGACGGAGAUGAAAAUUCCCACUCGGAUAUCGCCAAGAGGAUUUGCAAAAAGGAUCCUCCUUUCCCCAAAGACAUGGGACCGCUGGCCAAAGACCUGAUCCAACGACUCCUUGUCAAAGAUCCAAAGAACAGAUUAGGAUCCGGUCUUAACGGAGCAGAGAACGUGAAGAAACAUCCGUUUUAUCAGAAAAUCAACUGGGAGGACUUGGCAGCGAAGAAGGUACCUGCGCCGUUCAAGCCGGUGAUUCGGGACGAGCUGGAUGUCAGUAAUUUUGCUGAGGAGUUCACAGAAAUGGACCCCACUUACUCCCCCGCAGCACUGCCUCAAAACUGUGACCGCAUUUUCCAGGGAUACUCUUUCAUGGCCCCCUCCAUCUUGUUCAAGAGGAAUGUGGUGAUGGACGACCCCAUCCAGCUGUGCGGCGGCUCCGAGAGGCCGGGCUCCGCCGCCGUGGCCCGCAGCGCCAUGAUGAAAGACUCUCCUUUCUACAUGAAUUAUGAGAUGGACCUACAGGACAGCGCUCUGGGAGAGGGCAGCUUCUCCAUCUGCCGCCGCUGCACGCACAAAAACACCGGACAACAAUACGCAGUCAAGAUAGUCAGCAAGCGGAUGGAGGCGCAGACUCAGAGGGAAAUAGCAGCCUUGAAGCUCUGCGACGGCCACCCGAACAUUGUGAAGUUGCACGAAAUUUACCACGAUCAGCUCCACACAUUCCUGGUUCUGGAGCUGCUCGGUGGAGGAGAGCUGCUGGAGAGGAUCCGGAGGAAGCAGCACUUCAGUGAGACAGAAGCCAGCCGCAUCAUGCGCAAACUGGUGUCUGCUGUCAGUCACAUGCAUGAUGUAGGAGUAGUGCACAGGGACCUGAAGCCAGAGAACCUGCUCUUCACAGACGAGAGUGAGAACUCCGAGAUAAAAAUCAUAGACUUUGGCUUUGCGCGUCUAAAACCGCCAGACAAUCAGCUGCUGAAGACUCCGUGCUUCACCCUGCAGUAUGCUGCCCCAGAGAUCCUCAAAUAUAACGGCUAUGAUGAGUCCUGUGAUCUGUGGAGUCUGGGGGUCAUUCUGUACACCAUGCUGUCUGGACAGGUGCCUUUUCAGUGUCAGGAGAAGAGCCUGACCCACACCAGCGCUGAGGAGAUCAUGCACAAAAUCAAGCAGGGGGAUUUCUCUUUUGGAGGCGAGGCCUGGAGAAAUGUGUCCCAGCAGGCUAAAGACCUCAUACAAGAGCUGCUGACGGUGGACCCAGACAAGAGGAUUAAGAUGUCCGGCCUCCGUUACAACGCCUGGCUCCAGGACGACAGCCAGCUGUCCUCCAACCCACUCAUGACCCCCGACAUUCUCGGCUCCUCGACUGCCUCCGUCCACACUUGCGUCAAAGCGACCUUUAAUGCUUUCAACAAAUGCAAACGGGAAGGUUUCCGCCUACAGACGGUGGACAAGGCGCCGCUGGCCAAGAGGAGGAAAAUGAAAAAGACGAGCACCAGCACGGAGACGCGCAGCAGUUCCAGCGAGAGCACGCACUCCUCCUCCUCCUCUUCGCAGUCUCAGGAGAAGACGCUAACGGAGGGCGAGCCCAAUCCGCCGCCUUCCAACAGCCCCUCCGUCAAAACGCCGGGCGUCGAGGAGACGGACUGCGGACACCGGAACACACUUUCGGCCUUUCGCUUCUCGGAAGGACAGUGAGGCGGCAGGCGACAGAUCCGGGCGCAGUUUUUUGGUCGGCGGGCCGCGGAGUCGGACCCGCGCGGCGACUCUGUCUCCUCCUCCAGCUCUGUUGCAUGGACGUCUGCAUGUCACCAGAACCGAGCAUGCAGCAGGAGCAGCAGCUUGCACCGUAAUAUAUAUCAAUCAAUCACUCAAUCAAUCACCAUUAGCAAUAGCCUCUCUUUUCUUUUUCUCUGACUUUCACACUUCUUCUGUUAUCAAUCAGGGUCUGGAUCAGGCAGAAGUUGUUAUUGUUGUCUUAAGGGCUGCCCCACCGUCCCCGGUCCAGGAAGAUGGAAAGGAGACGUCUUUACUGUCGUUAUUAGAAAAACGAAACAAAAAAAUGCCCAAAGCAACGCGGGUCCUCUCCUCGUUCUUCGUAUCUGUCUGUGUCUAGGCGGUUUUUGUUGUUGUUGUUUUAAAGGGAAGCCUGUAGUAUUUAAACCGCGGAUGCUUUGUAAGGGAGGAGAAGACGCGAAGCAAAACCUCGGGAGAAAUCGCGUCCGAGAGGUGAAGCUUUUAUUUAUAUGUGAAUUUUAGACUGUAAUCUAAGCUAUAUCAUAAGCUAUAUUGUUAACUUAUUAAUGGUUCCAAAUGAGCCUGAAUCGAAAUAAUGAAUACAUGCGAGUGUUCAAAAAAAAAAAAAGAUAUUUUUUUGUAAGUACGGUUCCUUAUCCACAGAAAACCUGGUGGGUUUUGUAGACUUGACUGCAGCUGGCUGGAUAUUAAUAGUCAUGUAGACUUUAGCAUCAUGGACGCAAAGGAAAAAAACAAAACAGCCGACGGUGUUGAUGUUAAAAUGAAAAAUGUAUGCAUAAAAGAUUAAAGAGGCAAACGUGAGCAUUUUAGCCCAAUGUGUUUUGUAGUUUUUGCCCAAAGCAAAGCAUUUCUGGUGACCCUGAGAGCAGAGCUGAAUUUAGAGAGUUGUCGCUCCCUUUGACGUGGAGCUACUUUAAAAGUUAAAAUGGCCACUUCUCUAGAAACGGGGUCAGCAGCGUUGGGUUUUACUUGGAUCGCGCUGCGUCAAAAAAAAAUACAAAUACAAAAAUUAAUUGCGUCCUUCCCACUACGGUCAAUUAGAUCGCUGGGAGAAUUCAGAUCCGCUCGAUGUGAGAUGACGAUUGAAAAGGCGAUUUCAAGUGGUCUCCCGUUCAGAAAUAACGAAAUGCAAUUACUUUGUAACAGGAAGGUGGUUUUCGUUGCUCACGUGUGUGUGUGUGCGUGUGCCAAAAUUGCAGCCGAAUCAAGUAAUGUCCGGUUUCCAGCUGCGAGUGCAGAAGUGUGGAUAUUUCAGGAGACUGCAGGGCAACAAAGUCAUGUUGCUUUCUUGGAAGUCUUCAAACUUUUUUUGUUCCAACAGCGACAAUAAAAAGUAUUCACCCGACUUGGGUUUUUUUUUUUUUUUUUUUUACAUAUUUACUUCUUUGUUAAAUCAGUCAUGAGCGACAAUUUUUUUUCAGUUAUUUGACAAAAAAAAAAAGCUUAAUCUCAAAAGUAAAAACUGACUUUCUACAAAAUGUUAAAAAUGUAUGACAUAAAAUCAGUGACUGGAUAAAAUAUUACAGCCUUCAAGUUGAUCUUUGGAGUUUUCCGCCAGUCGUCCUGAGAGAACUGUUGGAGCUCUUUCCGGUGCCACAAAUUCUCUAUCGGGUAGGGCUUUGACUGGGCCACUUCAGAACAUCCACCUUAUUUGUCCUCAAAGCAUUUCUGUGUAGCAUUAACUGGACGCGUCGGGUCCCUGCGUUGCUUGAACAUACAUAUUCUCUGCAGCCAUAGCUCUCUUGCAGAUGGAAACAAAUUGUCCUUCAGGAUUUCUAUAUAUUUCUUUACCUUCUACCUUUAAGGUACAAUCAGACCGAGCACGUUCUGCGCGUCUGGUUUACAUUCAAGGUCUCUGGAGGCGACAAGGGCCCGUCGCGGCUCAUUUCGCGCGUGAUUCGAAGCAUUUGUGCAUCUUUACAAGAUCACAGCAUGGUGCCAUGUUCCUUGCAUGUCUCCAUGAUGGAUUUAAUUAAACUCUAGGGGAAGUACAGUGCCUAACAGUUUUGGGGAUUUUUUUGUUGCCAUCUUCUGACUGAUACGUCUUAAAACAUUUUUCUCAGAUUUGCUUGUAAUCUUUAGUCUUAAUGCUGUUCUGGUAGCCAGGUGACUCUAUAUUGCAGUCACAUAAAACAAAUUCACUUCACUCAUGUUAUUUCUAGUCCACUAAUCGUAAUAGUACUACCAACUGCCUGGACCUCUGUUAAAACCUUUAAACCAAGUGAAUAUUUAUAAAAUUGCUUGCAUCUUAAAUACUUUUAUUUCAUUAUUUCAUUGUAGAAACCAGUUUUCACUUUGCAGUUAGAGGAGUUUUUUUUUGGUUUUGUGAAAAACAAAUAUAAUUUUUUUUUUUUUUGCUCAUGAUUGAUUUGCAAAAGCGAUAAGUAGGCAAAAACAUCCGAGGGCGUGAAUACUUUUUAUAGGCACUGCAUGUCUGACUUGGCUCGUUCUUCAUCUCUGAUGCUGCCAUUGCUCCAUCUACCGUGUGUGAAACAAGGAACCGUGCAGACAUUUGGUUAGUCCUAAGUUUCUAGUGCAUGAUGUAAUGUGAACUGAAACAUAAACCACUUUUAUCCUUUUUUGUAUUAAUGGCCUUUGAGGCAGAUUCCUACUUGAUUCAGUGUGAGUUUGUUUACUGGCCUCGAUUCAAUUUCGGACCUUCAAGUUUUACUCCUUCCAUGUACCAAACUCGUUCUUUUUAACGACGACGCACCGAUUGAGCUUCGACCUACUGAGACCAAUUUUUGUCGACUACAGUUUCUCUUUAUGAGAAGUUUUAGUAGCUUUCCUGUUGUGAGGGGUCUGUAAGGUUUUCUAUUAUUUCAAAACAAGACUAAUUGAUUUCUGAUUUGAAAUGCUAAUGCUUCUUGCAUCUCGUAUUAGAGAUUAGCAUGGCUUCCGAGAACGUAGAUCCUCUUGAGGUUUCUAGAAGGCUGCCAACAUGUUCAAAUUCAAACAUUUCCAUUGCAGAAAGAGGUCAAAAACUCUAAAAGGUCAGCCUUCCUGCAAGACUUCCUGAAAGUAUGGUUUUAGAGCUGGAAUGGUGUGUUCACUGCCAUGUGAAAAGGUGAGAUGUUUGAGUUUUCCAUCGGUCAGAGCCGAUAAAGCUAAAAACGGUCUGAUUUUGGUCGCUCGGUGCAUCUUUUUCUCCCUAUGGCCUAAAUAUGCGGACGUUCCAGUGUUCUAGUCGGCAUAGUUUGACUGUUUUUAACGCCGUGUUGUGUUAGUAGUUAUAUCUCUCUUUCUACUACUUACUGAAAUACUGUACUUUCUUGAUUUUACAUAUAUAUAAAUAUAUACCGGGGCACAGGAGGUGGGACAUGAAAUCGAAAUCCUGAGCUUGACGUCUGUGUCCACUCAAACACUCAAACACUCAUUCGCCAUCUUCCGUUUUCAUGCACUCCGACUCCGAACCAAAGCAUUAACUUUUAAGGUAGCCGUCGCUUUAAGCUGCAUGAAAACGGUUUCCUUUCAUGCAAUUAUGCAAAGAAGUGCUUCAUUUUUUAGGAUUGAAAUGUUCGACAUUACUAUUACUACAAUUUUUUUUUUUACAGUUGACUUGUUUCUUUUUUUAUUCUCAGCACACCAUCAUGCCUAAAACUAUGCACCUCUUUUCACCUCUGUCGCUUUUUUCCUUUAAAAAAAAACAUAGUGUAUAUAUAAAGCUAUAUAUAUAUAUAUAUAUAUAUAUAUAUAUAUAUAUAUAUAUAUAAGAAAACGAACCAAAUGGGUUCAAACAUAAAAAGGAUGUUGCACAAUGUACAUAUACUGUGCUUUUUUUUUUAACUUCCGAUAGCAUCAGCCAUUAAAGAAGAAGCAGCAGCAGCAGAGUGGGGAUCCGUUGCCCUUAAAAAAGACAAAAACAACCGGAAUCCUUGAAACUGAACACUACAAAGCUCUCGUCUAAGUUAGCUCGCAUGAGUUCCCUGUUGCUGCCUCAUUAAGCCUGUUCUUUUGUUUGGGUGUAUUAAUAGCUCAAGUGGAGGAAGAGGAGGAGUGUCCUAUAUUGUGCUCUCCUCUGGGAGCCGUGCUCCAUUAACUGAUGUGCUGCGCUGCUGUUUGCUCCAAAGAAAAUACCGUACUCCACUCCGCGUCUCUGUGGGACCAAGCUUCACUUUCUUAGCAGGGGAACAGAUCAGUGAAUCACAUUAAAGGGCCGGUUUGGUUCCAGAGUCUCCCGGGGACGACUCUCCCUCCUCCCCCUCGUCUUGACGAGCACCAUGUUUGUUGUCCAGCUACGGAAAAAGAGAGAGAGAGAGGGAUGCUUUACUCAGAAUUUGCAAGUUUAAUGAAAUUUCUCCCUCUUCCUCCAGUUGUUCCUCCAUUUUGAAGUUGAAACGUCAAUGCCUGAAGGAACUCAUCCUUUUAAAAGAAAAAAAAAAAGAAAAAUUCAAACACUCUUUGUCUGAGACAGAGGUCGCAUGUUUUGUUGCUAAAGUGACUUUUUUAGAGCGUAUCUGUGUGUGUUGUGUUUAUUUAUUUUUUUUAUUUUAGCACAGCUUCUCUUGUACACCAUUGGGGACAAGUCUGCUUUUAUUUUAUUUUAUUUGUUUUUUUAUUAUUAUUAUUAUUUUAAUUAUUUUAUUUCUUUGAAGUGCCCAAACCGAUUUUGAUGUUUAAAACGACGCGGCCCUUUAAUGAAGCGAUUCUCCUGCCAGGAGCACUUGAGGAAAGACUGCAGUAGUAUUUCUAUUUCUGCCUCAGGAUAAAAAAAAAAAAAAAAAAAAGAAAGAAUAAUGGCUGGGGAGGGAUUUCAGAAUGGAAAGAGGCUUAUCUUGUGUGUGUAUUUAUUGAUGUAGUCUAUAAUAAGGGAACCACUUUUAUCAACCUGAGUAUGUUUCAGCUUGUUUGACUGAAAUUCAUCAAAAUAUUCUCAAUAAAUGUCUGUUUAUGUCAGCAGCUUUGCUGGGAGUUUUUUUUUUUGUACUGAAAGUAAUGUAAUGUUUAUGCUUGUUUAACUGACAAGGCAGAGCAGUCUAAAUGUUAUUUAUGUUUUUGGUGGCUGUUGAUGUACAGUGGAGAAAAAAAAAAAGAAGUUUGACAGAUCUUAUUAGGUACCUUGAUGAUUUAUUUUCAGACAACGUUGGCUUAAAAUGACUCUGCGUCAUAACUCGAUGCAAAAGCAGCCAUGUGGGAAGUGGUUACUGGAUUCUGACCUCUUCUAGGAGCUUAUUGUGACAUGAAUUGUAUUUUUAUUGUUUUAUUUUUUUGAAGGGGGGAGGCGUUUGUCGGUUUGCAUGUGUGGUUCAGAAGGACGCGUGGCGUCGGCGCCCGUUUUUGUCACAUUGCAUGUGCCGCCGUUCGAUUCCGGUUUCAGUUUUUCAGAGGCGAUGGGUGGAAACGUGCUGUAGCAGCAGAUCCCAUCUGAGCGACUGUGCGAUCACAGAAAGAAACAAAAACCGAGCUUUAAGAGCAACAAAGCAAAAAAAAAACAAAAAACAUGUGCUUUCAGUUAUUUAUUUUUUAUAUGCAAGAGUAAGAAAAGACCUAUCCCCCUCUUUGGUCGUUUAUCUGUCUGUUCCUGUUUAUGGCUGUUGUUCUGUAUUCUAAAACUCAAUAACCACUUUUACCUGAUAAAUGAAUAUACUUAUCUUCUUUGUAGAGCACUGUGGAGAUCCUCUUUUUUUUGUGUUUGUUUUUUCGGGUCACAUCAGUUGCUUUAACUGACCAAGGCAGUGGAGAGCAGGGGGAAACCUUCAUUUUCUUCAAUAAAAAGCUUUUUACUGGCUGA